UUGAGAAAAUAAAUAAAAUAAAACUCUUCAACCGCAUAGCAACUGCAGAGAAACUUCAUGGUUUUUACACUUGUGGAAAAAUGAUAUGUCUCAGCCUCCCUUAUUAAAUCUCCUACUUACUUCUCUCUUUUCCCUCCAUAUCAAUCCUCCAACUCCAUAUUUGUUUUGGGUUUCCUUUAACUAAUUUCCUUACUCAUCUCUCUGUCUCUUCCUAAACUACAACUAAAGAUGGACCACCGGCUCCAAGAAACUAUUCUGAAAGGCGAUGUACCGACUUUCCUUAGCUUAAUUCAAGAAAACGAAGACAUAAUGAGCCAAGAAGUACCUUCAGGUUCAAGAAACACCAUUCUGCAUCUGGCGGCGCGGCUUGGUCAUCUUAAUUUGGCGGAGGAGAUUGUGAAGCUGAGGCCGGAGAUGGUGUCCGAAGUGAACAAGAAGAUGGAGACUCCGCUGCAUGAGGCAUGCAGACAAGGGAAGAUGGAGCUGGUAAAAUUGUUGGUGGAGAGUGAUCCAUGGGUUCUUUAUAAGCUGAACCAAGAGAAUGAGAAUGCUUUAUUUGUUGCUUGUCAAAGAGGGAAGGUUGAGGUUGUGAAUUAUCUUUUGAACUUUCAAUGGCUACUAACGUCGGAGGUUGAUGGGUAUGCUACAUCUCUUCAUGUUGCAGCUUUAGGGGGAUACGCAGAAAUUGUCAGGGAAAUCAUGAAGAUACGUCAGGAUUUUGCAUGGAAAAGAGACAUUAAUGGUUGCACUCCGUUGCACUUAGCCUGCAGCAAAGGCCAUCUUGAGACAACAAGGGAGCUGCUAAAAUACGAUGCCGAUCUCUCUUCUUUACAGGAUAAUGAUGGUAGAACGCCACUCCAUUGGGCGGCAAUUAAAGGCAGAGUAAACGUCAUCGACGAGGUCCUCUCUGUGAGUCUUGAACCUGCUGAGAUGAUAACUAAAAAUGGAGAGACUGUUCUUCAUCUUGGUGUGAAGAACAAUCAGUUUGAUGCGGUAAAGUAUCUAAUGGAAACUCUCAACAUCACCAAUCUUAUUAAUAGGCCUGAUAAAGAUGGCAAUACAGCUUUGCAUCUAGCAACUGCAGGAAAACUUAGCGCUAUGGUGAUCUACCUACUCAAGCUUAAUGGGGAUGUCAAUGUUAUAAACCGCAAGGGACAGACAGUACUGGACGUAGUGGAGUCAGACGUAAGCAAUUCAGGUGCCCUCUUGAUUUUACCUGCAAUACAAGAUGCAGGAGGCAAGAGAGGUGACCAAUUGCCACCAGGUUCCACUGAAAUUCACCAAAUAGUACAGGAAUAUAAUCCCAGUUUGCCAUCUUCACCUCCAAAGAAGGUACUAGAUUCUCCGAAUCAUCACCACCGCCGUAAGCACCGCCGUCGCCGCGAAAAGCAGCUAGAGGACCAGAGUGAAGGUCUACGCAAUGCACGCAAUACGAUCACUGUUGUGUCAGUUCUAAUUGCCACUGUUACAUUUGCUGCUGGCAUAAACCCUCCUGGUGGGUUCAACCAACUUAGUGGCAGAACAAUAAUGGGCAAGCACACUUCUUUCAAGGUUUUUGCUGUCUGUAACGUAGUGGCAUUAUUUACGUCACUUGGUAUAGUUAUUGUCUUAGUCAGCAUUAUCCCUUUUCGGCGAAAAUCCAUGAUGAAAUUGCUGGUAGUGACACAUAAGAUCAUGUGGGUGUCCAUGUCAUUCAUGGCGGCUGCUUACAUUGCGGCCAUGUGGACGGUUUUGCCACAUGGGCAAGGGUGGGGCGGAGUGUGGGUUUUGGUGGCAAUUGCGGCUAUAGGGGGAGGAUGCACAGUGGGAAUCUUUAUGGGUUUAGGGUUUUUGUUGGCUCAGCAUUGGAUUAGGAAAUCGGAAUGGAGGAAAAAUAAGGACAAGCGAAAAGAUGCAAGCCCAAGUAGUAGUAUUAGUAGAAUUGAAGAGUUGAAAACCAUUAAGAGAGGAGAUUGUGAUUCUACUAGUAAUUCAGAUGUUGAUAGCUCUGAUCAAGGGGGUUACCACUUGUACUAGGUUAAUCAUUUUCUAGUUUUAGGCCAUUCUUUUUCUCAGAUUAUCUUGGUUAAGAUAGCUAUGACACAGUAAGUUAUGGUGGGAUUUAGCACCUAAUUCAUCCAUUAGUAUAUUUGUUGUCUCUAUCCUAAUUCAUAACUUUGUAUGUAACUAAGUUAUAGUAAAUCUCGGCAUUUAGCAGAACGUACAGUCAUUUCUUUUUCUUAAAA